AUGCUUGUUAAAGUAACAAAACAUAAUUUUCUAACCGUACUAUUUAUUAUUACACACUCAAAUAUCCAAAAUGUUAGUUGCCAUAGCACUUGUGAUCACAAUCGUAGUUCUAUACCUACUAAUAAUUAUGAAGAAAAAAUCAUCCCGGUCGGAAGGCCAAGGGGAUUCGGAUUGGAGCGGAGACCUAUCUUACUUUCCAAAGACAAAACUGCUAUUCAAGAAGAUGACCUCAAAACUGAUUCUCUCGAAAUCGAUCACGAAGAAGAUAGCACCCAAAACGCCGAGGAAAGAUUAGACUCUCUAGAUGCAGAUGAUUCCACCGACGAAUUGACCUUGGAACAUAAGGAGGGAGAAUUUGUUCAACAAAAGCACGAUAAAUUAGCUGAAGAAUUAAGUGAUGAAAAUCCACAAUUAAUGAUAAUUAUGGAUGAGUUGGUCCAAUUAUCAAUUUCUUUGCGUGAUAUAACGCAUAAAAUUGAAAAGUUGUGA